AUGGCUGAUAAGGCAAUUUCCAAAGUUGAAGCCUCCAACAUCCCCACAAUUGAUGCAAAUCACCCUCUUUACUUGCACCCUUCGGACACACAAGCUACAACCUUAGUUUCUCAAGUGCUCACCGGUUCCAACAAUUACUUGGUUUGGAGCUGUGCUAUCCGUCUGGCAUUACAAGGGAAGAAUAAAUUGGGUUUCAUCGAAGGCACAUACACCCGCACCAAUGAACCACAUCUCAAAGAACAGUGGAAUCGCUGUAAUGCUGUGGUCCUUUCUUGGCUGAUCAAUUCAGUGGAUAAGGAGGUAGCUAAUGGUAUUUCUUCCAUUACUCAAGGGACAGUUACUGUGUCUGCGUAUUUAUCUAAGCUCAAGGAACUCUGGGAUGAAUAUGCACUGUUAGUUCCCUUGCCCACCUGUCAGUGUGAAACUGCUCAAGAAUACAUUAGAAUAGUAGAGCAGCAGCGGCUCUUUCAGUUUCUUAUGGGCUUGAAUGACAUUUUUCAACAAGCGCGAUCACAAAUUCUUUUAAUGUCUCCAUUACCGACUCUCAACCAAGCCUAUGCCAUGAUCUCCCAAGAUGAGGAUCAGAGGCUUAUAUGUUCACAGCAACCUUAUAGCCCAUUUGAUGCAGCAAUAACUAGAGGAAGGAGAUCUGGAAGAGGACGUGGCAGGGGAAGAUCCCAAGAUGAAUGCAGUCAUUGUCAUCGCAGAGGCCACAAGAAAGAGCAAUGCUUUGAGUUAGUUGGAUAUCCUCCUAACUUCAGAGGAAGAAAGGUUCAGAUAGGCCACCUGAAUCGAGUAGUAGGAGAACAGACACCUCAGUCCUCUAUACCUUCAAACAACUCGGGAAAUCAAACCUCUAUCACCCAACAGCAGUACAAUAAGAUCCUACAGCUUCUCAAGAGUGAUGGUAAUGAAGAUAUGAUUGGGACAGCAGAUUACAUUGAGGAACACAUUUCAGGUAAUAUUAAUGCACUCCCCUCUGAUCUCUGUAAAACCCAUUGGAUACUAGACUCUGGAGCAUCUUGUCAUGUAGUUAGUAGUCUUACUCUGCUUGAUAGUGCUAUGGUUUACUCAGGACCCCUUAGGAAAAUCAGAUUGCCUAAUGGUGAUAAAAUUACGGUCACACACACUGGCACAGAGAUUUUAACUGGGAGGUCUCAGGUGAUUGGUAGAAUCCAUAGUGGGUUAUACUUGAUUGGAAAAAUUUUAACCUUGGACAAUGCUCUUAUGAAUCUUCCAUCAAAAGACACAAGGAAAGAAACCUCUCAACUGUGGCACUAUAGACUAGGACAUGCUCCGUUAGAAGUCAUUAGGCAUAUAGACAAGAUAAAGAAUGAAAUUCCUAGGGCUGAAGUCAGCAUUUUUAUGGGGUAUCCACCUAAUCAAAAGGGCUAUUUAUUGUAUAAUCUUAAGACCAAGACUAUGUUUGUUAGUAGACAUGUCAAUUUUGUGGAAACCAAGUUUCCUUUUAAAGAUAUUUCAUUUGAUAAUCAAGCAUCAGGGACUGGUAAGUCUGCCUUGGAUUAUUUUGCCUAUGAUGAUCAUGUUUCCACCAAGUCUAAUCCUAGACAGUCCAUUAUUAACAAUGAAUCUGCUGACCCUCCUGAUAUUCUUGAUCACCAUGGAGAUGAGGUUAAUAUUGAUACUGAACAGCAUGUAGAAGGAAUUGAUAGACCUAUUCAGAACAGUAAAUCCCCUACUUGGCUCAAUGAUUAUGUCUGUCUUGGUGACACAGUUGAUAGUAACCAAGGAAAAGUCAAGUGCCGGUAUCCCUUGCAUGAAUAUAUUACUUAUGCUCAUGUUUCUGCUGAUUAUAAGAAUUAUUUACUUUCCACUGACACUGUUGUUGAGCCUUAUAGCUUUGAGCAUGCAGCAAAGGAUCCCAAAUGGAUGACUGCCAUGAGAGAGGAAAUGCAAGCUCUUGAGCAGAAUCACACUUGGGAUAUUGUCGAUAAUCCAAAAGGUAAAAGGGCUAUAGGUUGUAAAUGGGUGUUUAAGGUAAAAUAUAACUCUGAUGGUAGUGUUGAACGUUACAAAGCCCGUUUAGUAGCUAAAGGGUACAGUCAACAAGAAGGUAUUGAUUAUUUUGAGACCUUCUCUUCGGUUGUCAAAAUGGUUACAGUUAGGUGUAUUUUAACUCUUGCAGCCAUGCAUUGUUGGCAUCUUUUCCAAAUGGAUGUCAACAAUGCAUUUCUGCAGGGGGGCCUACAAGAGGAGGUCUAUAUGAAAAUUCCUCAGGGGUUUGAUCAGUUUGUCGGCACCAAAGUUUGCAAACUAAACAAGUCUCUAUAUGGCCUCAAGCAAGCAUCCAGAUAG